AUGGCUGCCAUAUUGUCUCCGACAGAUUUGGAAAGCACUCAGUUAGGAUAUGCUAACAAAGAAGAGUUUGAAGUACUGGCCAUUGAUACCUUAAUGGAUACAAAUUGGAGGAAUCCAAUUAUUAAUUAUCUCAAGGACCCUUCGAUAGAUACAGAAAGAAAAACCAAGUACAUGGCUUUAUCUUAUGUUUUGAUGGGGAAUGAAUUAUUCAAGAAAACCCCUGAAGGGAUCCUGUUGAAAUGUUUAGGAGAAAACGAGGCGUACUUAGCAUUAUCUAGUGUACAUAGUGGAGCCUGGAAGAAGCCAAAAAAUUGGCACAAAACUUUAGAUCAAGCACUUUGGGCUUGUCGAACCUCCCCUAAAGAAGCUACUAAUAUUACACCUUUCCAACUUACAUUUGGACAUGAUGCAGUAUUACCUGUCAAAAUCUACUUGCAAUCAGUGAGAAUCCAAAGACAAGGAGAAAUUCCAUUUGACCUAUAUUGGGAAAUGAUGAUGAAUGAACUGGUUGAUUUGGACGAAGAAAGGUUACAUGCAUUAGAAGUAUUAAGAAGACAGAAGGAGAGGGUAGCAAGAGCAUACAAUAAGAGGGUCAAAGGUAAAACUUUCAUUAUGAAUGAUUUAGUUUGGAAAGUUAUAUUACCUAUGGAUCGAAAGAACAAAACAUUAGGAAAAUGGUCUCCACAUUGGGAAGGACCUUUUCGAAUUUUAAAAGAAUUUUCAAAUAAUGCAUACGAAAUAGAAGAACUAGCAGAGGAUCGAAGAAUCCUAAAAGUAAAUGGGAAAUACUUAAAGAAGUAUAAACCAUUUGUGCAUGAAGUUAAAAUCAUAACAACAUAG